AUGGAUACGAGAUGUACUCUCGCAGAACCAUGUUUAGAAAAACAUUUAAAGGGCCAUAGAAAUAGUAUAACAGCGAUCUCGUACAAUCCAAAUGAACAACAAAUAGCUAGCAGUUCCUUAGACAAUAGUAUACUGUUAUGGGAUCUUCGAGGGAUGAGAAGUUACCGCUUUCAAGGACAUGAAGAAGCAGUAAUUGAUGUAACUUUUUCUCCAUCUGGGAAAUACAUGGCUUCAGCAUCACGUGACAAAACUGUGAGAGUAUGGGUUCCUACUGUUACUGGGAGUACAGGAAUGUUUAAAGCCCAUUCACAAACUGUGCGCUCUGUUCAGUAUAGUGCAGAUGAAAAAAAAAUAUUAACUGCAUCUGAUGAUAAAAUUAUAAAACUAUGGUCAAGUGACAAGUUUAAGUUUUUAACUUCCUUUGUUGGCCAUACUAAUUGGGUGCGGAGAGCCACAAUGUCACAAGACUGUACUCUGAUAGCUUCUUGUUCAGAUGAUAAAACUAUAAGACUUUGGAAUACUGAGACAGGAAGUUGUAUUCACACUUACAAAGACCAGAAAACCUAUGGAGUAUAUGUUGCAUGGCAUCCAUCCAAUUGUUACAUAGCAGUUGGAACUAUGAAUGGCAAUGUCAAGCUUUAUGAUAUAAGGACCCAUAACCUGGUGCAGUAUUAUAGCAUACAUAGUGAUUCUGUAAAUCAAGUUGCAUAUCAUCCAAGUGGUAGCUAUAUUCUGACUGCCAGUAAAGAUGGCACUAUGAAGAUACUGGAUCUUUUAGAAGGACACCCAUUGUUUACUUUAAAUGCACAAGCUGGUGGCAUAAAUGCAGUUACAUUUUCUGCCAGCGGUUCAAGCUUUGCUUCAGCUGGAGAAGAUAAACUAGUAUACAUCUGGAAAACAAAUUUUGCAGAAUUGUAUGAUGACGCAAAGGAAAAUAUUAAUAAUGCAAUAUCUCUUGCAAAAUCACAAGUCUCAAAAGAUUCCACUGCAUCUAAAGGAAAAAGACAGGGUGUGAAGAUAUGGUAUCAAUGCUACCACAACACAAAGUACCCUGUUACAACUUUUUUACACGUGGAGGAUGUCAAUGAAACAGUAGUUUCAAAUGAUUAUAGCAUACAAGGGCCGAAUGCUCACAGCACCUUAUUAGGGUCACCUCAACUUACUCAAGUUAACGUUAGUUAUGAAAAAGAGUGCCCUUCUGGUGUGUGUUCCAACAAUAUCGGUGAUAUGAGCCACAUUCCUCGUACUCCUCCAAUUCCAGCCAACUAUACAAUUCCAUCAAUACUCCAUAAAUCAGUUGGCACAUAUGAUAAUGAAAACAUUUUUGGCAUAAUAAAACUUGGAGACAAUGAUGUCUGCUACACCAGUGGAACUAUAGAAUGGGUCGGUAGAAAAAGAAGUUUUCCAAUAAAUAGUGGCUUUAAGAUUCUCAAUAAAAGUCACACUCAACCUUUCCUAAAGAGAACUAAGAAACAUAAUACAACAUUCACCAUAGAUAAGGAGAAAAUAAAGGAAUGUGAUUGUGCAGAUGUGUUGCCCACUGUAAAUGCAAUAGUUGACCAUCUAAAUGCUCUCCACGAAGCUGUGGAUAUAGUCGAUCUACGGUUAAAUACUAUUGAAGAUGGUAUGGGGAACAAUGAUUAA